GCAAACAACACAUAAGUGACUCAUUCUCGACGCUCAUUUUGGAUAACGCCAAGGGUAUAUAGGAGUAGCUCCACUGAGUGAUACUUUCUUUUUUUUCUCUCAAAAAUUUCGCACGCGCUGUUUUUGCGGCAUACAGAGGUAUAGCGGCAAAUCAGUACAUCACUACAUCCACGCAAGGCGCAACCAUGCUGGGAAACAAGCUGAGCAUCACGGACGUGAAGGCCAUCCAGGGGAAGAAGGUGCUGGUGCGCGUCGAUUUCAACGUGCCAAUUGAAAAUGGAGUGAUAAAGGACACGAACCGAAUCACGGCCACGCUGCCCACGAUUCACCACCUGAAGAAGGAAGGAGCGGCCAAGAUUAUCCUCAUUUCGCAUUGCGGAAGGCCAGACGGAACGAAGAAUCUAAAGUACACCCUAAAGCCAGUAGCAGAAACGUUAGGGACGCUACUCGGGGAGGAAGUGCUCUUCCUGAGCGACUGCGUAGGGGAAGAAGUAGCUGCCCAAAUAAACCAAGCGAAAGACAAUUCGGUCAUUCUUCUUGAAAAUUUGAGAUUCCACGUAGAAGAAGAGGGAAAAGGGGUAGAUGCAGCAGGAAAUAAAAUAAAGGCAAGUAAAGAAGAUAUGGAGAAGUUCCAAAAUGAAUUAACCAAAUUAGGAGACGUCUUUAUUAAUGAUGCUUUUGGGACAGCUCACCGAGCACAUAGCAGUAUGGUUGGAAUUAAAAUGAAUGUUAAGGCCUCCGGAUUUUUGAUGAAAAAAGAAUUGGAGUAUUUUAGUAAAGCCUUGGAAAAUCCACAGAGACCUCUACUAGCCAUUUUAGGUGGAGCAAAAGUGUCAGAUAAAAUUCAGCUAAUAAAGAACCUCCUAGAUAAAGUAGACAAGAUGAUAAUUGGUGGAGGGAUGGCCUACACCUUUAAAUACGUUUUGAAUAAUAUGAAAAUAGGAGACUCCCUUUUUGAUGAAGCUGGCAGCAAAAUUGUGAACGAAAUUAUGGAAAAGGCCAAAGCGAAAAAUGUAGAGAUUUACCUUCCAGUAGAUUUCAAAGUGGCAGACAAAUUUGAUAAUAAUGCAAAUACAAAAGUUGUGACUGAUGAGGAAGGUAUUGAAGAUAAAUGGAUGGGACUAGAUGCUGGGCCUAAAAGUAUAGAAAAUUAUAAGGAUGUCAUUUUAAGCUCCAAAACGAUCAUUUGGAAUGGUCCCCAGGGGGUAUUUGAGAUGCCCAAUUUUGCCAAGGGUAGUAUUGAAUGCCUUAACCUCGUCAUCGAAGCUACGAAGAAGGGAGCCAUAAGCAUCGUCGGGGGGGGAGAUACUGCUUCGCUGGUCGAACAACAACAGAAGAAGAACGAAAUUAGCCACGUGUCCACCGGUGGGGGCGCGUCCCUCGAGUUGCUGGAGGGGAAGGAGCUCCCGGGUGUCGUGGCCCUCUCGAGUAAGUAGCGGUUCAGCCCUUACGCGGUUGGGGAGCCGAAUAGGGGGAGGGGCACCCUGUUUGUACGCCCCCCACUGCUUAGAAGUAACACGAUUGCCUUUUUCGCCACGGGCCGUUCGCAGUGGUGUCUCCUCCCACGGGGGCGUUUCCACGCAAACGCUUGCUUGGCCCUUCCCGCGCGCAGCUUCGUCCGCAUAGAGUGAUCACCUGUGUUGUUCUCCCACGCAUAUGUACGUAAGCACCAUUGGGGGCGCGGUCCCCGAGCUGUUCCCCAUUGGGUUGCUCCCCAUUGUACUACACCCCACUGAGUGAUUCGCCGCCGAGACGCGGCCCCUAACCAUCUUUUUUUUCCACCCACCCUGAACCAAUCGAACGUACAAACUCAGAUCGUGUUUCACCUACCAAAUUGGGAAGCGGUACCAACGUAGG